CUGAGGCAGACAAUGGUCAGAGCUCCCUAGCAGCCUCCGGAACAGGUCCGGGUCAGGCUGGGGCUUAGCUGCAGAGCCCUGGAAGCUCCCUCCCUGCCAGGUGAAGAGUCCUAGUAUCUUGCUCCCCAUCCUGGGCCUAGGGGAGGGGCCAGUGUUGCUAAAAUUAGGAGAAAUUCAAAGAUAGACUCCCGUGGCUUCCUGGGAAAGGGAGAAGCUAGGUGAGGUCAGAACCAACCGCUUUGUGCGGGCUUCUCUGCUUCCCGCGCCCCUGGCGGGGUGGGCCUGGGGAGGGUGGAUGGCACCUCCAUCCCCCCCAUACUGUCCCUGGUUCACAGGGAGCGUGCCAGUUCCAGCCCCCGCCCCAGCUCCUGCCCUUCCUGGCUGGGGUUCCCUCAUCAGAAAUGGCAAGGGAUAGUGAGUUUGGGGAGCCCCCUCCCACGGUAGUAGAAAACAGCAGAUGGGGUGUUUGUGGUGACCCCCCAGGAAGAGGGCUGAGAGGGGCUGGACAGACAGAUGCUCUGCCAGCCUCGGCCAAGAGCAACCUGUGGGGGGAGAUGCUGGGACUCAGGAAACCAAAACCCCGGCUUUUGUCCUGGGGGAGCCCACCCACAAAGUGGCACUUGACUGUGUGCGGCUGGCGAAGGGCUGAGUGAGGCUCAGAGCUGGGGCCUGAAACCAACACGGGCCUCUCCAAGGUUGGCCCGGGAGGCAGACCCCGGGUCUGGCCGCCCUCCCUGGACGCGCAACCUCGGAACAUCGGGCGGAUUAUUGACGGGCCAAUGGGCUCCUACCCGGGCUGAGGCCACAGUGGUGUCCUGGCUGCUCCCUGGCCUCGCUUUAACCUGACCCCGGCUGCUGGUGGGAGUUAACCCUUUACUCAGCACAGGAAGCACCCCUGGUUUGGGUAAAAAUGGCCGGUGUGUCCUUAUUUUUCUUGUUCUUGUUGGCGUGGGCGAGAGGCGUGCUUUGUGCUGUUGAAGCUGCUUGCGGGCUGCAGCUGGGAGUAAAGGGGGCCGCGGGGUGAGCCCAUGGGGCCAGGCAGUGAGGCUGGGACUCGGGCCGAUGGACAGCCCUCCCGACACCUGUGUCUCUCUGAGCAGAUGUGCACCCCCAGCAACACGCCGGCCACGCCGCCCAACUUCCCCGACGCCCUGGCCAUGUUCUCCAAGCUGCGCACGUCCGAGAGCCUGCAGAGCGGCAACAGCCCCAUGACGGCCGUGGCCUGCUCGCCCCCUGCAAACUUCAGCCCCUUCUGGGCCUCGUCCCCGCCCAGCCACCAGGCCACCUGGAUGCCGCCCUCCUCCCCGACGGCCCACAGCUUCCACCACCUCCACCACCCACAGCCCACGUGGCCCCCCGGAGCCCAGCAGGGGGGCGCCCCGCAGAAAGCCAUGGCUGCCGUGGACGGCCAGAGAUGAGACUGGACACGCCGCGCGCUGGGCUGGAGCUGGGCAGUCUGGGUCGUGGGGACACAGGAGGGCCGGGUCGGGGCUGGGGCGGCGGGGGUUUCCUGAAGAUCGCACUGGAAGGUUUUAUAAAGGAAUUUUGGGGGGUGGGGGGGAAUAGCAAACUUCCUGAGCCACUUGGGUCCUUCAGGAGUUUCUCUUCAGGCAAGUUUUUUCUGUUUUUAAUAUAUAACUGUAAUAUAUAAAUAUAUAAAUAUGACUAACUAUG